AUGAGUUCCACCGACCUAACCAAGCUAUCUGCCUUCCUGGCGAACGGAUCGACCCCGAGGACACCGCUCCCGAUAGACGUACACUACCUGAAUGGUUUCAAAUGGAACACGAUAGUGAGCUACAACGCAGCCGUCAAGAAGUUCAUGAAGUUCAAGGCGGACAAGGGGGAAAUACCUUUUGCCUUACCUGCGACAGCCGAAGACAUCUAUCAGUUCUGCUUCUGGGCGGGACGCAAUGAAUUCCAGCAAACUACACAAGAGGUGAAGGCUACCACUAUCGAAAAAUACCUAUAUGGCAUACAAGCCUGGCACGAAUACCACUCGGCUCAGUACCCGAAAGAAACAAAAACGAAAGUCAACACCCUUCUGAAGUCGUCGGCGAAGGUGGACGCGCAGGUUCUGACUAAACCCCAAAAGGCGGUGGUACACUUGAAACACCUCCUGAUCUUAGUGGACGGACUAUCGGGGAAAGGCGAGAAAGAAGAAGCCAUAAAGGAUCUGGUGGUCACCGCUUUCUGGGGGAUGGCACGUAUGGCGGAACUCACGUAUAAGAACGAUUCAGGCCCCAUCCCUAAAGCCUCGUCACUACUGACCUCAGAAGUUUCACCGGCCCAACCAGACCAACGCGGCGUGAUGAACCUUACCCUACGCAACGCCAAGACCUGCGCCCCAGGGAAAACGAAAGAGAUCCAACUACGGAAGCUCGGAAUGAAACUAUGCCCAGUGGAAGCGGUCGGAAGGCGACUUGCGAACGCGAAAGGGGUAGACACAUCCCUUUUUGGGUUCCAGGCUAACGGGAAAAGACAUCAUUUGACGCGAAACGUGGUGGUUGCCGCGAUCAAGAAAGUCUGGGCCGACAACAACCUCGAAGGCCUGUAG